AUGAUCUCUGAGAACUAUGCCAUUGCGAACAAUUACCACAUCGAUCCGUCGGGUGCCGGACCAGCAGAUCUUCCAGGAGGCCGAAAAGCGUGGAUUCUUGGUACUGUAACACUCUCGUUCAGGUUCAAAAACGACACGAAAGAGUACUCGCGGAUAUUCCAAGUCAUGAGGGGAUUGUCGUACAGUUGCAUCCUCGGUAACGGCUUCCUGAAAUUGACCAAGACGCUUAGUGUUGCAAAAAAUCGCCUGGAUCGCAUUCGGCAAGUGGCCAAGAGAAUCACCCCUCGGAUUCCUCGAUUACAUCUAAUCGGAGGCACUCAUGAACGUCUUCAAGAUGUGAACAUUAUUCGCAGUGAUGUGGGAAGGAGGCUUGGACUCAAGAUUUGGAGUGAUCGCAGUCACCGAAAGUUUCUCGAGCUAGGAGAUGGGUCUUUUGUUCGCACACUGGGCACUGCAUACAAUGCUCAAUGGUCCUUUGGACCGCACGGAUCCACUGCGCCACUUUCAUGCGAGUUCCAAGUACUGGAUGACAUUCCAUGUGACAUCAUCCUCUCCAGCGAUUUCCUGUUCGAUAACAGCGUCUUUGAGCUCUAUGAGCACUACCUCUACGACGCUUCCUCGAUUGAGCAACUUGAGACAUGCGCUCAGCUCAACUGCAUCACAGAGGUUCCCCUGCCGGAGUAG